AUUCAACACUACCAUCUCUACUCACUUUGUUUUUCACUUUGCCACCUACCCCCCUUGAUCACCCUUCAUUUUUAGCAUUUUUUACAACAGAUCAGUCAACACAUUCUCAUCCUCCCUCUCAUUUUGUUGGCUAUAAAUUCAGCAACCAACACUCUCUCUAAUCUAAUCUGGUCUGCUUAGCUCAACCGUUUGAAAUUCACACACGAAUUGAAUCAGUGCUAGAAAUGGCUAGUGGUGCAGUAGUCCCCAGAAUGAAGUUGGGUUCCCAGGGUCUUCAAGUUUCAGCUCAGGGUCUUGGUUGCAUGGGAAUGUCCGCUUUUUAUGGCCCUGCUAAGCCUGAUGCUGACAUGAUCCAUCUCAUCCACCAUGCCAUCGAAAGUGGGAUCACUUUUCUUGACACUUCUGAUGUCUAUGGUCCUCACACCAAUGAAAUCCUGCUCUCUAAGGCUUUGAAGGAUGGGGUUAGAGACAAAGUUGAACUGGCUACCAAGUUUGGGAUCAGGAUGGAUAGCCAAAUCAGAGAAGUUCGGGGAGAGCCAGAAUAUGUACGGUCAGCCUGUGAGGCUAGCUUGAAGAGGCUUCAGAUUGAUUGUAUUGAUUUGUACUAUCAGCAUCGUGUUGACGUUCGGGUACCAAUUGAAGUCACGAUGGGAGAAUUGAAGAAACUGGUUGAAGAGGGUAAGAUUAAGUAUGUAGGACUAUCUGAGGCCUCUGCAUCUACCAUCAGAAGGGCUCAUGCUGUUCAUCCGAUCACCGCCGUGCAGUUGGAGUGGUCUUUGUGGUCAAGGGAUGUGGAGGAAGAUAUAAUUCCCACUUGCAGAGAGUUAGGCAUUGGGAUUGUUGCAUAUAGUCCUCUGGGACGAGGAUUUUUGUCAGGAGGUUCAGAUAUGGUCGCAAGCUUAUCAAAUGGUGACUUCAGGAAGCAUCUACCAAGGUUCCAAGCAGAAAAUCUGGAGCAUAAUAAGAAGUUGUUCGAUCGGGUAAAUGAAAUUGCGUUGAAGAAAGGGUGUACGCCAUCGCAGCUAGCACUGUCCUGGGUUCAUCACCAGGGAACAGAUGUGUGUCCUAUUCCUGGGACUACCAAAAUUGAAAAUCUCAUGCAAAAUAUCGGAGCUUUAUCUGUGAAGUUAACAACUGAGGAAAUGGCUGAGCUUGAAUCUAUUGCUGCUUCUGUUCGGGGUGACAGAUACUCGUCCCCAGCAUCCACUUAUUUGAAUUCAGAAACCCCGCCUUUGUCAUCGUGGAGUACUAAAUGAAUACUGGACAUGUUGAGAGCUGCAUGAAUACUGGAGAUGUAUUUUAAAGUUUGGGCUUUUUUUCUUCUGGUUUUAAGGAGAAUUUGUACUUUAUUUGUC